UCCGGUUUUCAGCAAGAGUUUGUUGGGAGAAAAAAGAAAGCUAGAGAGAGAAACUUUGUCAAAGGCAAACAAACGCCAUCGAGUGGCUUCUUUUCAUAUCUUCCCCGUUUGUUUAAUGUUAUUUUUAGCACACAUACUUUGCAAGCAAACUAAGCCCAACAACCAUUGAAAGGCUCUUUGGCAUACUUGCCGAGUUUUACUCUUGCUUGAUCUGGAUUAUCGAAGGUGGCAGAUUGUAGAAAACAGUAGAUUUUGCUGUUGUUGUGGUGGUGGUGGUUGUCUUAGAUGAGUCUUUCCUGAUGGAAUUUGUGGGUUUGUUGUGGAUUUCUUGAAUUAGGUUCUGAUUUAGGGUUUUAUUAAUUAAGGAAAAAAAAAGUUCCGGCCUUUGNCCUUUAUGUGGGUUUUUUUUAAGGGUUUCAUUGAUGUGAGCCUGUGAUCGAUUUUGGCCCGUUCUGAAGCUUUGUAUAUCGUUUUAUUUUGUUUUUGAGGCUUGAUUUGUUCUUUUGAGUUGAGUAAUUUAACUUUGAGUCAAUAGAGAUGUAUAUUGAGGAGCUGAAAGAGGGAGAUUCAGAGAGUGGUGAGCACCAAGUUUGUAGUGAUCUUUAUAAUAGCAGUGCUCUGGUUGUUUGGGACCCAAAAAAGGUUUUAGUUGGAGCCGGGGCCCGUGCCCUUUUCUAUCCGACAUUGUUAUAUAAUGUUGUUAGAAACAAGAUCCAGUCCGAGUUCCGGUGGUGGGAUAAGGUUGAUGAGUAUGUUUUGCUAGGAGCCGUUCCAUUUCCAACUGACGUGCCUCGCUUGAAGGCUCUUGGUGUAGGUGGCGUUGUUACCUUGAAUGAGCCAUACGAGACAUUAGUCCCGACGUCAUUAUAUCAUGACAAUAGCAUUGAGCAUUUGGUGAUUCCCACCCGUGAUUAUCUUUUUGCUCCAUCACAUGGGGAUAUAUGCCUGGCUGUCGAGUUUAUUCAUGACAAUGCACUGUGUGGCAAAACUACAUACGUUCACUGUAAGGCUGGCCGAGGGCGUAGCACUACAAUUGUUCUGUGUUACCUGGUUAAACACAAGCAAAUGACCCCUGAAGCUGCAUUCGAGCACGUGAGGUCCAUUAGGCCAAGGGUGUUAUUGGCCUCUUCCCAGUGGCAGGCUGUUCAAGAUUAUUACCAUGGAGUCAACAAAGCUGAUACCGAAGCUUAUGCAGACAAUUUACUCAUUGAUUUCCCCACCAAAGUCGUUGAACAAGAUGAUUUUGACGAGAAUUCGUUGGUGGUAAUAACUGAAUCAGACCUUGAUGGAUAUGAUGAGGAAAAAAACCAUGGCUGUGACUCGACAGGUAAGAAGAUGCUGGCCGAAGUAAACCUCGCGUGCAAAGUUCAUUUCGCCAGUCAAGCAGCAAUUUCCAGGCUCUCGUGCCUAUGGGUGACGGGACAGAAAGUGUCGAGAAAGAAGCUCUCGAGCAAUGUUACAAAUGGCCGAAUCGGGACAAUGGGUGUUGAUAUCCAUGGCUUUUUCAGCCUUUCUUGUACAAUUGCCAAAGAAAGCGUUUGGAAUGCGGUGACUUGCGAUCGGAGUUUUUUUCGGUCGAGUCGGGAAGGCACAAUCCGGUUUUGUGCAGUGUACAAGACAUGCGUUUCUGUUUCAAGAUAUCCGGGUCAUGGAUCGUGUUAUGCUCAGCCGAGACCAUUGUUAGUUGCUGGCCCGCUCCAUAAUAUGGAGCUUGGCAGAGAACAGGCUAAAGGCUCGAUUCACUUUGGUUUAGACGAGAAAUUAAAGAAAAGAGUUUUGCUCACCUUUCUGGUUGGACCAAUCAUGUGGCCAACAUUAGCGUCUUUCGGGAAGACUAAGAAAGAAAACCCGUAUAAUGAAAGACGCAUUCUCGAGCAGAACAAGCGGAUUCAGAGGGAGAAUAACGUGCCUGAUGAAUUUCCUAAUUUUGUUAGAGAAGGUUUUACCGUUAAAGUGGUGACAUCGGAAAACUAUGUCACGCGCGACUCGGGUCUUAUUUUGUGGGACAUUGCAGUUGGUCAAGGCGAAUGCCCAAAGGCUGGUCAGCAGGUGAUAUUUCACUAUGUCGGUUACAAUGAGUCCGGGCGGCGUAUAGACAGCACUUACAUACAAGGUUCCCCUGCCAAAGUUCGGCUGGGCAAUAAUGCUUUGAUUCCAGGGUUCGAGGAAGGGCUUAGGGACAUGAAGCCCGGAGGAAAACGGAGAUUAAUUAUUCCCCCAGAGCUUGGACCCCCGGUAGGACCUUCCACUUUCUUCAGCUCCAAGCAGUUUGAAGUAUUUGAUGUAGAACUGCUGAGCAUUCAAGAUUGCACGAGGCGGACUAUCGGAUUUUAUUCCGAUGUUGUCUGCAGUUGAGCAAGAUGCCAUCCAGAUUUUUUCUCUUGUCAAGUGCUGUUAGAAACAUCGAGCGAUGCACUUGAAAAAGUUCGAAUACACUGAGCCUAAAGGGGGAAUUAGAUUAAUAAUUUAUUUGUUUCGCUGUGUCGUAAUGUAGCUACUAUCAGUACAUGCUUUUUACACAAACAGAUAAAAACUUCAAUGUCUAAGUGCUAAAAUCAGUCCGAAAUUCUAGGGACGGCUGAUUUUUUGUUCUGUCCUCCAAGAAGAUGAUCAGACUUGAACUUCAUCCUCGGACGAGCCCUAAAAGAAUAAUAGAUAGCAGAAAAUUCAAGGUCAGGGCAAUCUUGAAGGUCAAUGGAACUUCACUAGCAAAAACUCCAUUUCCCUCUGAAAAUUCUUUAAUUGCACAGCAACAAGUGCAUACUUAGACAACCAAAAAUGAUUUUGAUACAUAGACACUGCAUAACAUUAUGUAGCUAAAAAUUUGUUCAAAAGUGCUCAUAGUUCAGAAAUACCAACUCAAUCCUCAAAAAAACCAAGCAAAAAAAAUAUCAAGAACUCCAGAAUUGAUAGUAAAAAAUGUAAAACACAAUUUUUUAAGAGGGGUUUUGGCAAAUGGAAAAAAUCGUGAGCUUGUACAACAAGUGCCAGUGGUAAGUUAUCA